AUGUCGAAAGCACCUUCAGUAGACCUUCCCCAAAUCCGGGAAGAUGAUAGCAGACCAAAGUGGGAUAAUAAAUUACAAUAUAUUUUAAGCUGCGUUGGAUUUGCUGUAGGGCUUGGGAAUGUCUGGCGUUUUCCAUACUUGUGCCAAACCUAUGGAGGAGGGGCGUUCCUGGUUCCAUAUUUCAUUGCACUUGUGUUUGAAGGAAUCCCAUUGUUUCAUCUAGAACUGGCUGUAGGACAGUGCUUGAGGAAAGGGAGCAUUGGAGCCUGGAGUACUAUCUCUCCUUACUUGGGAGGAGUGGGUUUUGCUUCUCUGAUGGUGUCAUUCUUAGUCAGUCUCUAUUAUAAUACUAUUUUGGCCUGGGUGCUGUGGUAUUUCAUGAAUUCGUUCCAAGAACCCUUACCUUGGAGUCGCUGCCCAAUAAACUACAACAGAACAGGAUUCAUUGAAGAAUGUCAUAAAAGCGAUGCCGUGAAUUAUUUCUGGUACAGGCAAACGCUGAAUGUAACAUCAGAUAUCACAGAGAAUGGCUCCAUACAAUGGUGGCUUGUUUUAUGCUCUGCCAUUUGCUGGAUUAUUGUGUUUAUCUGUACAAUUCGUGGGAUUGAAUCAACUGGAAAGGCAAUAUAUGUCACGGCCAUUUUUCCUUAUAUCGUUCUGACGAUAUUCCUUAUUUAUGGACUGACUCUUCCAGGAGCCAUUGAAGGGUUAAUCUAUCUCUUCACUCCUAAGCUGAACAUCCUCAAAAAUCCACGUGUGUGGCUGGACGCGGCCACCCAGAUCUUCUUCUCUCUGUCUUUGGCAUUUGGGGGCCACAUUGCGUUCUCAAGCUACAAUUCAGCCAAAAAUGACUGUGAAAAGGAUGCUGUCACCAUAGCGGCGGUGAAUAGUAUGACUUCUCUGUACGCUUCAAUCCCUGUUUUUUCAGUUUUGGGGUUUAAGGCCACAGUUGGCUACUGGGACUGCUUGGACAGGAAUAUUAUAGGCCUUAUUAACGCAUUUGAUCUGGAGGAAGAAAGUAUCACAAGAGACAACUAUACAAUUUGGCUUGAGGCCUUGAAUACAACAUCGCCACACAAAAUAGCUGGCCUCGUGCUGAAAAAGUGUGACCUUCAAGAAUUCCUUGAUCAGAGUGCUUCCGGAACGGGCUUGGCCUUCAUUAUGUUCACGGAAGCCAUUGUUCAGAUGCCGGGGUCACAGGCCUGGGCCGUCCUCUUUUUCACCAUGCUCUUCAGCCUGGGUCUGUCUUCCAUGUUCGGAAAUGUCGAAAGCAUCAUGACUCCUCUCUUAGAGCUUCCCAUUGUGGCCCGAUCCAUACCCAAGGAGGCUCUGUCUGGUAUAAUCUGCCUGGCCGCCUUUUUAACAGCUUUGUGCUUUACUCUGAGAUCAGGGAGCUACUGGCUGGAGGUCUUUGACAGCUAUGCGGGAUCUUUACCUCUCUUAAUCAUUGCAUUCUUUGAAGUAAUGGCGGUGGCAUAUGUUUAUGGAAUUAAAAGGUUCAGCAGCAAUGUGAAAUGGAUGACCGGACGGGAACCAAAUUUUUACUGGCGAGUGACAUGGCGGAUCAUCAGCCCUCUGCUAAUGCUAACCGUCUUUGUGGCCUAUUUAGCUUUUCAGACACAGAGGCAACCAGGCUAUGGAGCAUGGAACCCUAACUAUGGAGGGUUUCCUGCAAAAGAACAGAAGGCGUAUCCCACCUGGGUCUUGGCCAUCUGUGUUCUGCUUUCAAGCCUUCCGUGCGUAUUCAUCCCUGGGGUAGCCCUUUACCAUCUCGGGAGAAAUGGUCUAAAGCAGCAACCAUCCACAUCGCAUGCUCGCGGCAGCACCCCAGGAGACUGACCCUGCUGUGCCCGAACUGCUGUGAAGGGUAACUCCAUCUCUCCCCUGUAAAACCUGUGCAGAGUUUGUAGAA